CAUGAGUUUGCGCAAGUCUCCCAUACUUAGUAGUCAUACAUUGCGAGGAAGACAGUCAGCAAGUCCUUCAUGAUAAUAAGUUAUCCUCCAACCGCUUACAGGAGAACUUCAAGUUGAUCCCAGUGAGUCUCCCAGGUCGACUCAACAGGGUGUUGAGGAGGUGUUUUACGUCAGGGAUCAAUACUAGUACUCAUCUGUGACAUGGGCAUACACGAGGGUACCUCGCAGCUGAAGCACUGACCCAUGGCUUGCCCUCUCCACGUUUAUGGUAUCACCGUCGAUUCCAGCAAGUCGAAACCCACGGCGCUUUCUCAAAGGGAUACAUUCUCCUUACAUUUGCGGUGCAAGGCGUGGCUUGGGAUGAAGGCCGAGUAUCAAGACAUUCCUUUCAACCCAGACGACAUGUUUCGCGCGUGUCAUGCAAGACAAGGAUACAACAAAAUUCAUAAGAAAAUCAGUAUCUUCGUCGACCUUUCUAGGAAUACAGUAAUCGAACAGACUGAGCAGUCUACCUCUUCCGCUAGAGACCUUGAGCUCCGACCUACAACUUCUGAAAUAUUUCAGAAGUGUCCUCGGUUCCGAAUUCUGGUGAUAGGAAAGUCUGGCAUUGGCAAGUCAUCACUGAUCAACCACAUAUUCAAAGUGAAAAAAACGAUCGUCGCCCAUGAAAAGCCAGGCGAGGCCAGCAUCGACCAUGAGUUCAUCUCGCCUGAGAAUGAGAGGCUUGUUCUCCACGAUAGCAAGGGUUUCGAACCAGGGGAAGAAGACAACCUCAAAAUAGUCCAAGAUUUUAUCGAACGUCGGAGGAAGAUGCCUGCUAUGGAACAUCAGUUGCACGCUGUUUGGCUUUGCUUUGAGAUACCCUGUGCAAGCGGACGUUUGCUAGAGACGGGAACGGAGGAUUUCCUGAAAUCGAAACAUAGUGGAAUGCUGGGAAACGUUCCCGUCAUCGCCAUUCUUACUAAAUACGAUAUGCUCAUCGAUCGGGUGGAGCGAAAUUUAGAUGAAGCCUCUCUUGAUGGAUUGGACGACGAAGCCAUCAAGGAACUCGCCAAGCAACAAGCUGAUGCCGAGGUUCAGGACAGCUGCAUUGGACCUCUAAAGCAAUUUGCAGGGGCUGGUAUUCCCCACGCUACGACCUCUACCAAAGAAGACUAUAAGGAGACUCUCAACCGCCUGAUCAAGAUAACUGAAAGCUGUGUUGGUCAGCAUUCUACGCCCGAGGCCGCGGUGAUGACCUCCAUCGCUCAGCGAGUGGAUCCUGGACUCAAAAUAAAGGCAUCGAUUGAGGUUGGCAAGAAAAGGUAUUGGAAGGCGCUUAUGUCAUGCCCAAGGUUCAGGAACCGCAAGAUGUGGGAUUGUCUAUACGUGCUUCACACUGACAUCGUUGAUGUAUGGAACUUCUAUGACCCUCAUCUUUACUUGCACAGCCAAGAGUUCAGGGAAAUGAUGAUGAAAAUGAUCGAUACGAUACAAGCUGGACCUACACCUAAUCUCAAGAAGACCAUGACCUCUGGAUUAUCCAUGCUGGGCACUAUUGCGGGCAUGAUGUCGGGACCUGUGGCUCCCAUCGUAGUACCAAUCGCAGCAGGUGUCGUACUCGCCACGUGGGUUUACGAGGUAUACCAGAUAUCCCACGCGGUGCUUCAGCGGUUCAUGUCCUACAUCAUCCACUUGACACUUGUGCUGCAGACACUUUAUCUUGUGUCAGACGGCCAGGGACUCACUCGUAGGGCCAUCAAGCUGGUGGUCGCUUCCUACCUCGCCUCCCCAAUGAGCGGAGAAGUUCGAAUUCGAAUUCAGGAUUACGAUAUGCAAUUGACGAUCCUGGAACUCGCGGACCGCGAUACCUUGGAUAAAAUCGCCGAGGUGAUGCAAUUCUAUAGCAUCGACGAGACACAAAUGUCCAAACUUCGGGAAAAGCCCACAGUAGAUUUGUCAUUAGAUGAGGCAUGGUAAAUUGAGAAGUCGUAGCACUCGAUUGCAUGUUUCGUGGAUCAUUUUGUGUAUGGGCGGUGUCUGAUUCUGAUGCGAUUACAGAAGGUACUAUACAACUGGAUUUAUGGCCGAUCAUAACAAUGUAGUCUCAUGUACUAAGUUACUGCUAGAUUUUACUCGAG